UCAUUCAGUCAUUUAUCAGUCUGACAGAAUGGAGCUGUGGACACUCCGUAUGAUGAUCUUGCUUAUUUCAUUUAUCCACGUUGGACAAGCUCAAGAAAGACCAAAAGCUGUUGUGAUCCUGCAGCCUGAUGGAGAGAUAUUCAGUGGACAGUUGGUCACUUUAACAUGUGAAAUACGAGGACAUGCAGACACUGUAGAUGUGGAGUGGAUAUACAACUGGUAUAAAGAUGGUAUCCUACUUUUCGCCCUUGUUGAGCACAAGUAUUAUUCAUUUACUGCUGUAAAGUCUUUCAGUGGUAAAUUCUCCUGCAGAGGACAGACAAAAAGUAACUCACAAACUUCAGAGACCAGCCCUGCUGUUACACUCACUGUGUCAGAAAAACCUAAACCUGAACUCACAUCAGACCGUAAAGGAGCUGCACUGACAGGAAACUUAGUGACUCUUUACUGUACACUGACACCACAGUCUGCUGGAUGGAAGUUUUACUGGAUCAAACCCACACAGAGCUCUGAGACUGAGACUAAAACACACCAGUACAUCAUCAGUUCAGUUAGAGUCUCUGAUGGAGGUCAGUACAGGUGCAGAGCUGGAAGAGGAAACCCAGUCUACUACACAGUCUACAGUGAUGAACUCUGGGUAAAUGUUAUUGAGAGUCCUAAAGCUGUGGUGACCAUAAAGCCUGACAAACAUGUGUUCAGAGGAGAGACUGUGACUCUCAGGUGUGAAUUACAGGGAGGAGGAGACACUGAGUGGACAUACAGCUGGUAUAAAGAUGACCAAAUCUACAGAGACCACAAAACCCAGGAGUUCAGUCUCAACUCAGUUAGAAAUGAACACAGUGGUAAAUACACCUGCAGAGGGAGGAGACGCAGUGACUAUCAGAGCUCAGAGAUCAGUGAUGCUGUUACUCUCACUUUAUCAGAAAAACCUAAACCUGAACUCACAUCAGACCAUAAAGGAGCUGCACUGACAGGAAACUUAGUGACUCUGUCCUGUACACUGAAGCUGCAGUCUGCUGGAUGGAAGUUUUACUGGAUCAAACCCACACAGAGCUCUGAGACUGAGACUGAAACACACCAGUACAUCAUCAGUUCAGUUAGAGUCUCUGAUGGAGGUCAGUACAGGUGCAGAGCUGGAAGAGGAAACCCAGUCUACUACACAGACUACAGUGAUGUACUCUGGGUAAAUGUUAUUGAGAGUCCUAAAGCUGUGGUGACCAUAAAGCCUGACAAACAUGUGUUCAGAGGAGAGACUGUGACUCUCAGGUGUGAAAUACAGGGAGGAGGAGACACUGAGUGGACAUACAGCUGGUAUAAAGAUGACCAAAUCUACAGAGACCACAAAACCCAGGAGUUCAGUCUCAACUCAGUUAGAAGUGAACACAGUGUUAAAUACACCUGCAGAGGGAGGAGACGCAGUGACUAUCAGAGCUCAGAGAUCAGUGAUGCUGUUACUCUCACUGUAGCAGAAAAACCUAAACCUGAACUCACAUCAGACCUUAAAGGAGCUGCACUGACAGGAAACUCAGUGACUCUGUCCUGUACACUGAAGCUGCAGUCUGCUGGAUGGAAGUUUUACUGGAUCAAACCCACACAGAGCUCUGAGACUGAGACUGAAACACACCAGUACGUCAUCAGUUCAGUUAGAGUCUCUGAUGGAGGUCAGUACAGGUGCAGAGCUGGAAGAGGAAACCCAGUCUACUACACAGACUACAGUGAUGUACUCUGGGUAAAUGUUAUUGAGAGUCCUAAAGCUGUGGUGACCAUAAAGCCUGACAAACAUGUGUUCAGAGGAGAGACUGUGACUCUCAGGUGUGAAAUACAGGGAGGAGGAGACACUGAGUGGACAUACAGCUGGUAUAAAGAUGACCAAAUCUACCAAGACCUCAAAACCCAGGAGUUCAGCUUCAGGAGUUCAGUUAUAAAUGAACACAAGGGUAAAUACACCUGCAGUGGGAGGAGACGCAGUGACUAUCAGAGCUCAAAGAUCAGUGAUGCUGUUACUCUCACUUUAUCAGAUGUAGCAGAGACAGUAAUGACUGUGUCUCCACUGAUCUGGCUGACUGAAGGAGAUUCAGUGACUCUAAGCUGUGAGGUUAAACACUCCUCUACAGGCUGGACAUUCAGCUGGUACAAAGAUUUUCUCUCAAGAAACAGAAAGGGUUCCCUCAGGCCCAGAACAUCGCUCCUAUCAGACAGCAGCAGAGGAUCUGGAGGCUCCUACACUCUCAGUCCUGUUACUCUGAAUCACACAGGAGUUUAUGUUUGCAGAGCUGAGAGAGGAUUCCUUCACACACAGUACAGCAAAACACAGCCGCUGUGGGUCACUGGUGAAUCUCCUCCAGGGUCUCUGAUCGUCAGACCGAGCAGAACUCAACACUUUACUGCUGACUCUCUCUCACUGAGCUGUGAGGACCAGAGUAACUCUACUGGAUGGACAGUGAGAGGAUACAGUUACACUGAGACAUUCGUCGAUUGUUCAUCAGUUUCAGGAUCUACAUGUAACAUCAGCUCCCUCUCUACUUCACACACUGGUGUUUAUUGGUGUCAGUCUGUAUCUGCAGGAUGCAGUAAUUCUGUUAACAUCACAGUGCACAAUGGUGCUGUGAUCCUGGACAGUCCUGUACAUUCUGUGACUGAGGGACAUCUUAUGACUUUACGCUGUUUAUUUCGCAACAAAAAGAUCCCAGGUUCUGGUGUUGAUUUCUAUAAAGAUGAUUCCAUCCUUCACUCCCAGACUACAGGAGAGAUGACCAUCAGUAGUGUCGCAAAGUCUGAUGAAGGUUUCUACCACUGUAAACACCCAGAGAGAGGAGAGUCACCGAAAAGCUGGGUUUCAGUCAGAGGAGCUUCAGUGUCAGUGCUCAAACUGAUCAGCAGUCUAGUGACAGUUUCUGUGUAUCUGCUGCUGACCAUCAUUCUGGCAGUGAAAUGUUUCAGAGCUCGAGUUCAGGCUGAUGAAGACACCCAGAAUGCUGUUAUUGAGGAGUGAACAAAAAAAAUCAGAUUUUAGGAUUGUGAAAUAAUUUUGAUGUCUCACAUUUAAAUACUUACUACCAGAUGUUUUUUUCCCUGAAGUUUUCACACCUCUUCAUGGGGUUAUGAAUUAUAUUAAUGCAGUGUACAUUAAAAUUAACUAGAUAUUAAGAUCACAUCUUUAAUUCAUCUCUACUCUCUAUCUAGUUAUAUUCAUCUUCAUAUAACUGGGUAAAAUAUUUUAUAGAUUAAGUAAACUUAUUAAAAUUUUGUACAGAUGCCAUUGGCAAACAGAAUAUCAUCUAUGUACAUUGUUAACUAACUCUGAUCACUGAGGACAGGUGAGGAGGUUUAUUGUUAGUUUAUCAUUAUAGUUCAUGAUUAAAUGAUCUGACACAAAAAAACAAA